UGCUGGCUAAUCCCUUCCCCAGAGACUAAGCUGGCGGCCCUUCGGCUAGAAGCGGAGGAGAAGGAGCUGGGUACCAUGGCCUGGGUGCUGAAGAUGGACGAUGCCACCAUCGAGUCAGGGCUGGUACACGACUUUGAUGCCAGUCUGUCAGGCAUCGGGCAGGAGCUGGGGGCUGGCGUAUACAGUAUGAGUGAUGUGCUGGCCCUGCCCAUUUUUAAGCAGGAAGACUCCAGUCUCCCUUCAGACCGUGAGCGCAGCGCUCUGAACCCUCCCUUCCAGUAUGUUCUCUGUGCUGCCACCUCCCCUGCCGUCAAACUACACGACGAGACCCUCACCUACCUAAACCAAGGCCAGUCUUAUGAGAUCCGUAUGCUGGACAACAGGAAGCUGGAGUUAUCAGACAUAAACACCAGGAGUGUGAAGAGUAUCGUUAGGGUGGUGUUCCAUGACAGGAGACUCCAGUACACAGAGCAUCGGCAGCUGGAGGGGUGGAAGUGGAAUCGCCCUGGAGACCGUCUCCUAGACAUCGACAUCCCCUUGUCAGUGGGUAUCAUGGAGCCCAAGGCCGACCCCUCCCAGCUCAACGCCGCUGAGUUUCUCUGGGACCUCAACAGGAGAGCCUCUGUGUUUGUGCAGGUUCACUGCAUCAGUACAGAGUUCACCCCCAGGAAGCAUGGAGGAGAGAAGGGAGUUCCCUUCAGGAUCCAGAUCGACACCUUCAGGCAGGGAGACAACGGGGAGUCCACUGAACACCUCCACUCUGCCUCCUGUCAAAUCAAAGUCUUCAAGCCAAAGGGGGCAGACAGGAAACAGAAGACGGACAGAGAGAAGAUGGAGAAACGAACGUCUCAAGAGAAGGAGAAGUACCAAUGCUCCUACAACACCACCAUCCUAUCAGAGAUGAGGCUGGAGCCGAUCGUAGAGGAAGUGGGAGACUAUGAGCUGAAGAAGUCCAGCAAGAGGACGCUGCCGGCUGACUGUGGGGACUCGCUGGCCAAGAGAGGCAGUUGUUCUCCAUGGCCUGAUGCCUACGUCGGCUCUCCCCGGACAGCUGGCCCCUCCUUCACCUCCACACCCCUCUCCACGUACACGGCCUCCUCCGUACCCGACAGUGACUCAUCGUCGCCCAAUCACCAGGCAGACCCUGCCAGCCAAGUCGUCACAGAGCAACUCAGUCCGACAGCCACCAUCCAGGAGACUCAGAAGUGGCUUGUCAAAAACCGCUUCAACAGCUACGCACGACUCUUCUCCCACUUCUCAGGUUUUGACUUACUAAAGUUGACCCGGGAUGAUCUGGUUCAGAUCUGUGGAGCUGCUGAUGGAAUCAGACUCUUCAACACACUAAAAUCCAGGUCGGUGUGUCCCAGGUUGACCCUCUAUGUGUGUCAGGAGUGUGAGGUAGAGAGCCCCCUGCUGGAGAGACACUGUAACAGCCAGAACGGAGAGCGCAGUGACACACCUCAUUUAUAUGUGUACCAUGCUCUGUACCUGGAGGAGCUGACUGCGGCUGAGUUGAUCAGGAAGAUGGCGUGUGUGUGUAGUGUUCCACUGGGACACAUCAACCAGGUCUACCGACAAGGACCCACAGGGAUACACAUACUGCUGAGUGACCAGAUGGUUUACAACUUACCGGAUGAGAGCUGCUUUCUGAUCGGCACAAUCAAAGAUGAAACGGGGGAGGGGCUCCACCAAAUGGGGGAGGGACUUCACCUGGUUUUGAAGUAGCGAUAGAGGAUGACAUCACUGAACACUCCUCCCUCUGUGUGGAGGGGAGCAGCCUCCAUCACUCCCUCUCUCCUAUCGUCCAGAUUGCUGUGUCUAAGGCAGACGGACAGAGAUACUGAACUGCGGCCUUGUUAAUGUUAGAAUCUGACGGGGCGUGACCACUGUUUCAUAUUGAAAACACUAUUACUGAGGGGGGGGGACUUUGUUUAUUCUUAAAUGUUUAUAUUGUUGUACGAGAGGAG